AUGUACCCACUGCAUUUCUUCGAAGUUGAAGCAGUUGUGGCCGCUCUCAGAUCAUUCUCUGAUAAACGAAUUUUCAUGUGGAAAAGCGAGUUGCUUUCUGUCGUUCGCAGUUUGCUGCCUCCAGGCACUGUGUGGCCAAACGAACAUGGUGAUGCAGUUCUCGAAGGUGGCAAAACCGUGUUGAUGCUGGUAGCAAGAGUCUCUGACCCGCAUUUGGCCGUGAAGCUCAUCGACUUCGUGUGUCCUCACACUGCCAACUUCUGGGCGAGAGAUCAUCAAAGACGCCACGCGAUCAUGGACGUUUGCCACCUCGGUGGUCACCCGUCGGUCUUGUUGCGGUUGAUCAAGUGGGCUAAGAAAACCAGCGUCAGAGUGAUCGUCCCGAUGUCCCGACAAGAUAUCGACGGUCUAGACGCCGUAGAACUCGCAAUACGAGGAGGACACGGACAACUGGCGUCGUGCUUACUGGAACAACACGGUCCGAACUCGCACGACGACUUGUUGUGCAAACAUUACCCGCUUAAAGUACUGGAGCUCGCUAUUGAGACCAGGAAUGAACAGUGUGCGAUGGCAAUUCUGACGAACAAGCGCGUUGUGCACCACCUGCAACCUGGAUCGGCAGUGAGACUGAACCUGAAUAUGCGAUGGGAACAGCGUCGAGACUCUGUGAAGAGGCUGUUCAAUAUCUACACGUGUGUAGGGACCGCUAUUCGUUGCGGUCUGUGUAGCAUCAUACAAGCUAUUUACAAGCUGAAUCCGUCAGAAACUCGCCAAGCUGUUUGGUACGCGCUGUACAUGGCGAGAGGAAGGCAAGCUGAAGUUUCAUUUGAGAUACGAGAGAUGGCAAAUAGGUAUCGACUGGACAAGUUGUGGCCACAGAUCCGCGUUAUCCUAAUGCUGCGCGACUGGGAACAUCGAAGGAAGAAGAGGAUUCAUGUGUGGGAACGGAUGGCACGUUUCUGUCGUGGUCAUCAAGACUGGGGUGCGGUCGCUUCGCACCCGUGGGCAGCAGCACUUCCGGACGAGAUGUUGUUGCAUGUUUUGAGCUUUCUCGUGCCGUCCAAGGUGUCAGAAGCGAACAGGGUCACAAUGUUGGUAGAGUACUAAUCACAUACUUCAUACCCAAUUUGCUGUUCGAUCUAGCAACAGGUCGAUGCUCAUGUAGUAAUGGAACACACACUGGUAGAGGGGAGUCGAACGUUGAUCUGAGAUCUGCCCGACGAGUCUUCAGCACGUCGUGCUGAUGACUCUAACCUGAAGUAUUGAGCACGUCCCAUCGCUAGGCGCUACGCAUGUGGAAAAGCAGAGCAAAGCUCCUUGUGGCUCGACGCUUUCGUCGCCGCACUGUCGAGCUGCAAUCGUUGACCCCCGAUCCAUCGCUGACCCGUUCAAUCCUCUAUAGUCCAAUUCUAGCACUUUAGAGCAGCAAAAUCGAUCGCCGUUGCUGUGGUAAAGCUCGCUAACAGCAAACGUUUUAGC